CGUCCAGACUGCACCUCUACAUCAGCGUCUUCAGCCUGGUGUGUCUCUGAGCCCCUGUGGGACAGGACGAAUCCUCACCAUUGACAACACUGGAGAGUUGACGUUAGCUAGUUUUCCCACUUUGCUCGUGUUAUGCUAAUGUUUACUUCAGCUAGUUAGCAUGCGCUUGGAUGACUUCUUCAACCCGAAGAAGACGUCGACGGCUUUUCAAACCGACUGGGUUAGCUUCGGUUGUUACCGAGAGUCCACAAACUGAACACUUUGACGCAGUGUGAUGUUUUUUUGUCUCAGACGUCGCUGUCGGAGCUGAGAUAGCUAGCUAAUCUUACAGCUGGAGCUAACAGCCAAAGUUUGACACAAAGUCUUGAUAGUAAAAAUAAUAAUGGGGUCCAGGUUAGGUCCAGGGUUUGAAUGGACAAAGCUCAUACUGGCUAAGGUUAACACUUUACACAAGAGGAUGUUCAGGGCCCCUCAUGUCCUGACAUGGUCCUGUCCAACAAGGACAUUGCUGCUGUUGAGAGCAUGUCCCCCGUCUGCUCUCUCUGAGCACACAGUGUGCCAGGGUGCAAGACAUGUGAAGGGGAACCGGAAUGAAGGGAUUCCUGGAGGAGGCCGAAGCAAUGAGGGGCUGUCAUCAUUAUCCAAAGAGACUGUAUCCAAUUCAAUACAGCCACAUGUAUUCAACUGGAAGUGUGAUAGUCAUCACCUGACAGAGGUUUCAUUUCAUAACUCCGUAUCCAAAACAAUUGUAUCCAGUCCUCAUCAGACCCCUCAACUUUCUACCUCUGUAAAAAACAAACCAGUUCCUGAAUCAUGGCAAUCCACUGUAGUGAAAGUUUCAGGUCGGAACCCUCAAGCUAUGAGCACUCACCAGGAAUGUUUAACCAACACAACUUGCCUUCUACCCUGGAGGAGGCCUCAAGACUUUUGCCAUGUUUCACUCAGUUUCACCAAUAAGUCUCCAUGUAACCCACAAAGCCAUUUAUAUCACAGGCGGCACACUGCCAGCUUAUCAGCUAUGUCAUCACGCAUCUUAAACCACUUUCACAGACGAUCACAAGCCACCAGCUUCUUUCUUCAGCAAAGCAGAGCUAUUCAUCAGGUUUCCCCUCAUUUGGUGGAUGACUGGAGGGACUGUCUAUCCCUGGAGAAUGAAAACAGGUGUCGACAGAACCUCAGGCCCAACUUGAAGCUCUAUGAUGCAGCAAGAUGGAGCAAAGCAACAAGUCAGAGCCAAGGAGAGAAACAGCGGAAAUAUGCAUCUGUCCUGGUCUCGCUCUGCACUGUUGGGGGGCAGCCAGCGUUUCUCUUCACCCUACGCUCCUUAAAACUGGGCAGGAACAAGGGAGAUGUCAGCUUUGCAGGAGGAAAAAGUGAUCCCUCAGAUAGAGAUGUGGUGGCCACAGCGCUGAGGGAAACCUGGGAGGAGCUGGGUGUUAAUGUUGCAGCAGACAGGGUCUGGGGAGUCCUGAAGCCUCUCAGGGACAUGACAGGGAUGAUGAUUGCUCCUGUUCUGGCUAACCUGGGGCCUGUAGAGGAGUUGUCGUUCAAACCAAACCCUGCAGAGGUCGAGGAAAUCUUCACUUUGCCCUUGUCCCACUUGUGCAACCCCCAGAACUGUGGCUACACACACUUCCGCACUGGUGACAAGUAUGCAUACACACUCCCCGUGUUUCACAACGAGAAAAAGCGAGUGUGGGGUUUGACUGCCACUGCUCUAGACCUAACCCUGAAACUUGUUGUUCCUCCUUAACAGCUUAGUCACUGUUACUUUACAGUGUAGAUGUCUAUAGCACACAGUAUGUGACUCAAAGAUGUGUUUAUGAGAAAUGUGCAAUCAAACUUUGUGUAGCAGAACCAUGUCAAGAAUCAAUGUGAAUACUGACUGAAUUUAUUUUGAACAAUAGCAAGUAUUAUCUUUAAAUGAGUUUCUUCUCUACUGUUCACAAGUCUGCCAUAGUUAAACCACUUCAGAAGAUUAAAUACUUUGGAUGCCUCCAUAUUUAAUAACUACAGGCCAGUGUCCAAUCUACCAUUUUAAGUCAAUUUACAAUCAACUGGUUUAUACAUUUCUCAAUGCCUUUGACUCUAUGUACCUUGAUGGCCUUUUUAAUUUUACUCAGUCAGAACAAAAAACUCUGGAAAAAAAACUUUUGGUGAAAAAACUUUUCAUUACUUCAGCUUCCCUGAAGACCCAAAAGCAGCAGAGAAUGUGGAUAUUUUUAAAAGAGCUACUUUUCAGUCUGGCUUUUAAUUAAUUUUAUUCAUGUUAUUUAUUUAAUUACACAUCUUAGACUUGUAUUCAGUUUUUAUUUUCUAUAUUUGUUUCCCUUUGAGUAGUGUUCUUUUAUUUCUAGUUUAACUUGAUUGAAAACACCUUUUUUUUAAACAUUAUCAUUUUAUCUUUGUUUACCUGCCCUAUUAUUCUUUGCAAAUUAAUGAGAUCUGUGAUUUAUGACUGCUUCGAUUCCUGUGUGUGUUUGGGUAAGGUAUUGUUUUUAUAGUUUUUAUUCUGUAAAGUACUUAGUAUUAUUUUAUGAAAAGUGCUUAACAUAUUUAAGCAUUAUUAUUAUUUAAGCGUAUGAGUACUAAGUAUGCUAUUGGUAUCAUUUAUAUGCAAUAUUUUAUUUAACAACUGUCAAAGCUCAUAAAUUCUGAGAUACCUUGUAACUUCCAGUUACCAAUUACGUGGGUUUUAACUUGAAUAACCUUUUCCAUACAGGUUUCAAACGAGGUUUGCAUUUACUUGUCCUGCAGUUCAUGAUUUGACUCAACUCAUGUCUGUCAUAUUGCAUCUCUCACCAUAUCAGGUCUGGACUGUUAUGAGCACUGAAAUGAUUUAGGCGCAUCGUAAUGUGCUGUGUUGAAGAACCAUGCAAUAAAGGCAUUCAGUAUUCAUUCUUCCUUCAUAGGUCAUUUACAUGAUUUACUGAACAUCACAUCAA